AUGGAGAAAAGUCGUUUAUACCACUGCGAUGUGUGUUCGUCCGAUUGUACCAAUCGUAUAAGGAUCAAAUGUGCUAUAUGCACAGACUACGAUCUCUGUGUGCCUUGCUUUGCUUCAGGGUCUGCCACCCUAGAUCAUAAGCCAUGGCACGAUUAUCAGAUUAUUGAGCAAAACACAUACCCAAUCUUUGACGCGGAUUGGGGAGCUGACGAGGAACUACUUCUCAUACAAGGAUGUGAAACAUUUGGACUUGGUAAUUGGCAAGAUAUAGCGGAUCACAUUGGUAAUAGAUCAAAGGAGGAGGUGGAGAAGCACUACAACGCGGUGUAUCUUGAUUCAAAUCUGUAUCCUCUUCCUAAAAUGGACGAGGAUUUCUCUGAUAUUCUGGCUCACGACUUCUUGCUGAAAAGGAAGCAUCGCUUGGAAGAACGUAAGAACAUGCCCCUUCCCCCACCGAAAAUCAAACCUAGCGCCUCUGUUCCCCUUUGCCACGAGAUUCAGGGAUACAUGCCUGGUCGUUUGGAGUUUGAUCAUGAGGCUGAAAAUGAAGCUGAAGUGCCCGUGAAAGAUAUGAUAUUUGACCCCGAUGAUCUGGCAGGAGACAUCGACCUCAAACUUACUGUGUUAGACAUUUACAACUCACGCCUUACUACGCGUGCUGAAAAGAAGCGUGUACUUAUUGCAAACAAUUUGCUAGAAUACCGCAAGAAUAUCGCUAAUGAUAAGCGAAAGCUGAAAGAGGAGAAGGAGUUUUUGCGUAAGAUUAACGCAUACAUACGUAUCAUGACGCCACAGGAUUUCGAAGCUUUUUCUGCAGAUUUAUUGACAGAGCUCCGAUGCCGUUUGCGUAUUCAGCAACUUCAAAAUUGGCGUCGCAACGGUAUUACGACACAAGAAGACGGUCUCAAGUAUGAAAAAGACAAACUCAUUCGCCAGGCUCAUUACCAACGGAUGGGAAACGGGUCCGGCCUCGCAUCACGUACCAUGGCUUCGCAGUCCUUGUCCAACGGCGUAAGAAAAGUCUCUACUCCACAGCCAGACUACAAACCAAAACUCAAUCUCAGUAACUCGCGUGCGCCUCUAGAUAUCUCUCACGCAACAGACUUUGAACUACUUUCACCCGAGGAGAAGCAACUUUGUUCCACACUCCGUGUCCUUCCUAAGCCGUACUUGGCCAUCAAGAACCAACUCAUGAAAGAGGCGGUUCGUGGCAAUGGCCAACUUAAGAAAAAAGAUGCCCGGCAGUUUCUUAAAAUUGACGUCAAUAAGGCCUCCAAGAUCUACGAGUUCUUUGUCCUGAUGGGUUGGUGCAAUCCUGGCUGA